ACGAGCGAACUCUUUCCGCGCCCGGGUACACAAGUGAGUUAACUGUACAUAUCGUCUGCAGCUUCAGCAGGAUAACGAUACCGAAGCGGAAAGUGGUUUUGUUAAAAAUUGAUUGCCAAGGAUAAUCUCACUUUCAAAUACUUACUUCUUGGCUUGGUAAAGUGAUGACAACAGCCACAAGAAAACGGUCCUUGGAGAAGACUGGAAUUUGGUCUUCUGUAUUUCCAACUGAGCAAGUCACAGAACAGCAGUCUGCAUUGUUUGUGAAAAGGCUGCUUGCUGUCUCUAUUUCAAACAUCACAUAUUUGCGGGCAAUAUUCCCAGAACAUGCAUUUGGUGAUCGAUGCUUAGAAGACCUAAACUUAAAAAUUCUACAUAAUGAUAGUAGCUGUCCAGGUGCUUGCCAAGUAAUAACAUGGAUGAAAGGAUGUUUUGAUGCUUUGGACAAGAAAUAUCUUAGAAUGCUGACCAUUGGGAUAUAUGUGGAUCCAAGUCAACCUGAGACUGUAAUUGAGUCAUACACUUUCAAGUUUACUUAUUCUGAUGAAGCUGGUGUAGACAUUUACAGAAACAAAAAGAAAAUUUCAAGUGCCCAUUCUGCUGCAGAAACUAAAAAAGCUACAAUUCGACUUCUACGAACGAUAGUUGUCUUGACACAGACCUUGCAGUCUUUACCUGAUGAUGUGAUGAUGACCAUGAAGUUAUUCUACUAUGAUGAUUGCACUCCUGCAGACUAUGAACCUCCUGGUUUUAAGGCAUGCGAGUCUGAUUCUUUCACAUUUGAAGAAGAACCUAUGAAUAUUAAAGUUGGUGAUGUAACAACGCCUUUCCAUUCGGUAAAGCUGCGCAUUAAAACGGAUGGGAAACAGUUGGAAAUGAUGGAAGAUCCAAAUGGAAAUGAAGCAGAGAUGGAGGAAAGAAAAAAUGAGAUCUCUGACAAUGGCCUGGAUGAAGAAAUGGAGAUAACAAACAAUCCCACUGUUGAAACCGAACUCAGGAUCGAUGAAGUUAAAGAGAAAACCCAUGUAUCCACAGAACAAUGGCCAGGUGAUGAAGUAUCUAGUGCUGCAAUACCUAGUGAAAGUCCAGCUAAACCAGUAAAAAGCAAUGGUCUUGAAAAUUUGUCAAAUGAUCCAACUGUGAUGCAGGAUGAAAAUGCUGUUCGUUGUCCUUGUGGUUGCAAUGAGGAAGAUGGAUUAAUGAUCAUGUGUUCAGUUUGCAAGUUCUGGCAACAUGGAGUAUGUUUCUGUGUUACUGAAGAAGAUGAUGCACCUGAAGAUCAUAUUUGUGAUGUCUGUGCUAAGCCUGGUGAAGUAGGUAAAGAACCAACUGAUCCUCAGCUUUGUGACAUGACUUCAGUUGUAGUCCAGGCCACCUGUUUAUGGAGGAAGGCCUUAAUGGCUUGCUUAGAAUCCAGUCGAGUACUUGCACCUCAAUUAGCUCGAAGACUUGGAAUUGAGGUAACAAUUGCCCAAGGCUUGGUCAACAGACUGGAAAAAGAAGGAUUUGUUCAAAACCAAAAAAGGGGAAAGAGACUUGGGAAUGUGAUUAAUCAGGAUAAAAUCAAGAAAGAUGGAAUUUCAAAAUAUUUAAGAAAAGAGAAAAAGGAAACCACUACACAGAAUGUAGAGAUCAGUGCUCUAGUGAAGCAAACAGAGAAAAUUACAUUGUCUGGAAUAAGGAACCUAAAGCAAAAGGAAAAGGAUAAAGAGGCAAAUAAAAGUCAUCCAGACUCAAACACUAACAUGAAGCAUGUAAGAGGAAAGAAAAGAGCAUUAUCCAGAAUAGAUCAUUCAAAAGAAUUUGAACUUGAUGACAGCCAAGAUUCUCAAGAACCAUGUAGAACUCGUAGAAGAAAGACCAGUGUAGUUAGCCAAUCUAUUUUGGUUUAAAUGCUGGUACUUAUUAUUAUCCAUUAAGCCGUUUAAACAUUCUACAGAUUUGUUAAUUUAUUAAUAAAAUAUUAUUGGA